CGAUACUUUCCGAAAGGCGCUCUAUCCGCAUUCGUAUCGUUCCGCCGGCGGUCGCGAAAUUCCGAAUCAGAUCUCGCGAAAUCGCAUCAUUUAUCGAACAAUGGCCACUCCAUAUGGACGUAUAAUUGUAUAUGGGGGCAAGGGUGCCCUCGGCUCAACUUGCAUAUCGCAAUUUAAAUCGCAAAAUUGGUGGGUCGGUAGCAUUGAUAUGAAGCCAAAUGAACAGGCUAAUGCAAACAUAAUUGUCAAUCCUGAUAAUAAUUGGCAGGAACAGCAAACAGAAAUUUUAGCUCAGAUUAAAGAUGUAUUAAAAGAUGGGAAAGUUGAUGGCAUUAUUUGUGUGGCUGGAGGAUGGGCUGGUGGCAAUGCAGCACACAAAGACUUUGUGAAGAACAGUGAUUUAAUGUGGAAACAGAGUGUUUGGAGCUCUGUUAUAGCUGCUAACAUUGCAGCUGAAUUUCUGAAGGAAGGAGGAUUUCUUUCAUUGACUGGUGCUAAGGCAGCAUUAGAAGGAACACCAGGCAUGAUUGGUUAUGGAAUGGCAAAAGCAGCUGUUCAUCAGCUGACAAAAUCUUUGGCAAAUAAAGAUAGUGGUCUUCCUUCCAACAGUUUGAUAACUUGUAUACUACCUGUUACUUUGGAUACACCAAUGAACAGAAAGUGGAUGCCCAAAGCUGAUACAAGCACGUGGACUACACUUGAGUUUGUGUCAAAUCUGUUCUGGAAAUGGUCUCAAAAUCAAGAUCGGCCUACUAAUGGUUCUCUGUUACAACUCAUUACUAAGGACAAUAAAACGGAAGUGAUCCCAAGUCACAUAUAAUGAUAUCAAAUGAAUAAAAUCUAUGGGAACAACUAUCUCUAUGACAGCAGCUAUCUCUAUGAAGCAUCUAUGACAAUACGAUAAUAUAUAUAUAUGUGCACUUCAUUUUGUUAUUUGAAAAGGAUAUAUAUGUUCAAAGAAAAGUUAUACAAAACAA